AUGGCUUCGACCUACCACCGAAUGAUCAUUGAAUCCAACGAGGUUCCCGUCAUUUACAACAUGAUGGCGGCAGCAGCUUCCUGGACCAUGUUGGCUGGGUUCUUUGUCCUCCCAGGUACAUUCACAUCUCUUGAGGGCUCGGAAUAUCUGCAAAAAUCCCAACAAGGCCAGGCUGUUCAGAAAGUCGUGCAAAACAUCACCUUGCUCCCGAUGGCCGCCAUGUGCUGCACGAUGAGUGCUGGAGGGCUUUAUUUUCUUUGGUCCAGGUUUAGAAACAAUUAUGUUUGGAUCUUGACGCAUUUGCUUUUGUAA